UGUGGCGCGGUGGCGUGGGAGGCGCGCGGCUCAGUCCUCGCGUGGUGCCAUGCCGCGCCGCCCGCACGCACACCGACAACACCAAAAACUCGGGAAAACUACACGCGAACAACCCAACCCUUCAACCAGGCUGUUCACGGCAGUUUCAGUGCCACUCCGUGCCUUCAACAAACGCCUGUGCCUUAACAAAAAACCAAACUCUAUGAAAAUUGUAAAACGGGAAUAACAAGUUUUAUUUAAGUAAUCUUUAUUGCAAUUUUCGCUAUGUUGAUAGUUAAAAACGCGCGUAACAAAUGUUAAAACAAAAAUUGCGAAUUAAAUUCAAUUCUAAUAUUAGUUAAGUAUUGUGUAAAUUUGUAUCUAACGGAAGUAAAGAGUGAGUGAAUGUUCGCCGCACGACGACAGUUAGUUUUGUUUACAAACACUGACAGCGCGGGCAGUCGCCUGCAAUUUGGGACUUGUUUCGUUCGUAACAGUUAGUUUAAUGCCAUUGCGGACAAAAAGUUGCAUUCCCGCACGUGCUGAGUGAAUAUGUGAUGUGAGAAGUGUUAGUUUCUUGUAUUGCUAGUGAGUGCAGUGUUGGUGCGAUGGCGCGGUCUCCGCGAAGGAUAUCGGCGCACCGCCGCAGCCGCAGCCGCUCCAGGGAAAUGACUCGAAUCAAAACUCAACUCAACGGAAAAGGAGCGGCAGCGUCGCCCCCGCCCGAUGGUGAUUGGAUGACGGUCUCCGCGCGCGGCGACAGCUCGCCCCCGCCCCCCGCGCCCCUCGCCGAGCCCCUCGUGCAGUCCGUGCGGCAGUACCUGGCGCAGGAGCCCGCCGCCAAGCCGCCCCCCGCGCCCCCAGCCGCGCCCCCCGCCGCCGCCCCCACCGAUGCUGACAUCGCCGCGCACACCGCGCGCGACGACAUCCGCGGCAUCAACUUCGAGGCGCGCCUGAAGCGCCAUGACCUGAACAACAACCCGCCGCGCCCGCCCGCCCCCGCCCCCGCUGCCCCCGCCGCCCCCGCCAUGCCCUCGCAGGCCGAGCUGCUGCAGCGGCAGCCGCUGCUGGCCGCGCGCAAGGCGGAGCCCCCGGCGGGCACGGACGAGUCCGACCCCGACCCCGAGGGCUCCCCGCGCCACCCCGACUUCGUGCUGGAGCUGGGCGGCGCCGCGCGCGACGAGCGCUACCCCAAGGAGGUGCUCAAGACGCUGGUCUCCUUCGUGUUCCUGUUCGGCUGCGUGUGCGUCAACAUGGCGUCGCUGUCGCUGGUGCACGAGCGGCUGCCGGACCGCAACUCCACGCCGCCGCUGGGCGACAUCGUGCUGGACAACGUGGCGGCGCGCGACUGGGGGCUCGCCGCCAGCGAGUACCUCAUCAUGGUGUCCAGCACCACCGCCGCGCUGGUGGUGGUGUUCCACAAGCACCGCUUCAUCGUGGCGCGCCGCCUGUUCCUCAUCGUGGGGCUGCUGUACCUGUACCGCUCCGUCACCAUGUUCGUGACGGUGCUGCCCGUGUCCUCCGCCACGUACUACUGCUCCCCGCAGAGCGCGCACCCCACGCCGCUGCUCAUCCUGCGCCACACCUUCUACCUCAUCUCGGGCUUCGGGCUCAGCAUCAACGGCAAGCACACGUACUGCGGCGACUACAUCUACUCGGGGCACAGCAUGGUGCUGGUGCUGAGCUACCUGGUGGUGGCGGAGUACUCGCCGCGGCGGCUGUGGCCGCUGCACUGGGCGCUGGCGGCGGCGGCGGCGGCGGGCGUGGCGCUGGUGCUGCUGGCGCACGGCCACUACACGGUGGACGUGGUGGUGGCCUACUACGUGACCACGCGGCUGUUCUGGUCGGUGCACGCGCUGCUGGCGGCGCGGGCGGCGGGGCGCGGCGGCGCGCGGGGCGGGGCGCAGUGGCUGGCGCGCGAGUGGUGGUUCUUCCUGUUCUCGUACCUGGAGCGCAACGUGCGCGGGCCGGUGCCGCGGCGCUACGACUGGCCGCUGCCGUGGCCGCGCGGCAAGCUGUUCUCGCGCCUGAGCUAGCCGCCCCCGCCCGCGCCCCCCGCGGCCGCCGCGCGCCCCGCGCCACCGCCCCCGCCCCCGCUCACCUGCAGCGAGUGCCGGCGCAGCACCUGCAGCUCCUUGGGGCUGGUGCGCGUGCACACGGCCAGCGUCAGCGUGUAGUCGAACUGGUGCACCACCAGGUUGAGGUACACCGUCUCCUCCCAGUCCACCUCGGGGUCGCCGAUCGGCAGCUUCUUGGAGUCCUUGCGGAACACCUCCACGUCCGUCUGCGGACAACACAGUGCGGCCCAGCCUUUACCCGCGCGUCGCUACACAGACCUACAGUUGUUGUUUCUAGUGCGAUGUGGACUAGUGGACAAUUAUUUGCAAACGAAACAGACUCUACGGUCGGGACGCUUUCAGGAGCGCAACUGUGGUAAACCUACUAUAAGAAGAAAUAUUUUUAUAUUGUUUAAAAAUAAAGUACAUAACUGUUGAUAAAAUGAUACUGCUUUUAUAUUAAACACGAAUCAUCGGAUAAGUAGGAUUUUUGUAAUCUCAUCCAAAUGGUGCUAAACUAGGAAUUAGGCCGAGUAUCUCAUUUGGUAUCUAGCGACGCUCGUCUGAACUGUCACAAACUAAACUGUAUUUAGAUAUGUUGUAUUAUAAUAUCUAGUGCAGCGUCGCGCCGGCGGGGCUGAGCUGGUGGCAUCCAAGUUUGAGAGAAAUUUACAUGCCAAUAGGCCUGCAUUCAAUGAGAACAAUUUUGAAAUUAGUGAGUGGAAUAGUCAACAACAGUUGCACCCACACGCGCAUACCUCGUACUUGGGCAGGUAUCUGGAGGACCCCUUGACGUGUCUCUUGCGCACGAAGAACAGCAGAUCAUCGCAGUCGAUGCUCCGCUCCUCCUGGAACAGGAAGUGUCGCACGAACAGGUCCGUCCAGUACGUGGUCCCUUGCAGCACCACGAACCCAGAGUCUGCAACAAACGGACCAUUGUUAUUGGCUGCCAACCGGAGCUCUCGUUUCUCGCGAUUGUGAUUGGUUAAACCGCUGUCAGAUGAGGCAGCUGUUGCCCCCAGACUGGCACCGGCCCGCGCGACGUCUCUGCAUGUCACCGGCUUUAUGUGUAUUCUAGUGUCUACUGUAACUGUAACGCAUUCAACAGAGGAAUAUUCUGAUAUUUGUAUGUAUUGUACCAAAUGUUGUAACUUUAAAAUUCUAAUUCUGUGUAUCGAAGGGUUGCAUUAUUACCUAAUAUUAUAUUAUUGUACUGUACAGUCCAAAAUUUAUUAAGUAAUCCACUUGAAAGUGCCUUCACAGAGAUAACGAGGGAUAUCUUAAUCCCGUGUGUAGUUUAGCCGUUAGUACCAGAGAGGAGCCUCUAGAGGCGGCGACUCGCAUCAUUCGAGUUGGACGAAGCAUGUUCUAGAUUGUCAAGUCAUGCUGCAAACAAAGAUUAGUGACAGAAUCAAAUCAACUUUAUCAGCGUGUAAUACCGGGCUUUUUGUAUUAUGUUUAUCUAGUUUGAUAACUGCUACACGCCAAAUUGUGCGCCAUCUAUUCAGUUGUAUCUUUUAAUAUGUUGUUGUAUGUUUCUCUGCUGUUUCCUGCUGAAGCAGCCCUUCUGUCUCGACGCUAAGAAUCUCAGUAUAGUUUCAGCUGUACAUUGCUUCUGUACUUAUUGCCUUAUCAUGUAAGAUGUUGCCUAAUCAUUGAUUUUGUAUGUCCAUACAUCCUAGAAGGCAUAAUUUAAAUGUUUUGUACAUAGGUAUUUGAUAGGACCCAAAAAUAUUUUGGAAUAUUGUAUAUCGAUAUUAUGCUGUAAUAUAAAGUUAGCAAGUACUUUGUUUUCUAUCGGAGGCAAGUGACUGUCGCUUGCAACUCUGUCUGUCCCUUAAGGGAUUAGAUGAGUAAAUGUUUUUUUCGUAGUUAUUAUUUCGUUGAAAUGCCACAUUGAAAAUUUGAUCUUCGAAAGACUAUACCUAGAUAGAUAUAGUUUAAGAAUUUAUGUUUCACCUCAUCUGAAAGUUAUUCAGAAGGCAACAAUUAAUUAAAGAAAUCCUAUAUGUUUUUAAAUGGAUGUUGCUCAAAGUUGACACAAGUUAUGUUCUUGAUAAUAUUAAUGAGUUUGUUUACAAGUUCUAAUUUCUUUCAAGUUAUAUUUUUGUGGCUCUGUUGAUGUGUCAAAUACAGGAAGUUAAUAUUCGUUUGUAAUUCGCGCCGUGACCGGCACAGAGCCGCCCGCGUCGCGACAUCUUCACAUUCCGAGUUUGAUACACAUUUAUUAACAAAUUAUUGUAUCUUUCAGUAGCUAUUAAGUAUCUACUGCAAAAGAGUAAUUGUUUUAACCUAAGCUGUUGUAAAAAUGAAAGUACAUCAUACAUUAAAUGUUUUUACAAAUAA